UUGCUUGGGUGGCCUUUCAUGGUUGACGUUUCAUGUUUUGUCCAUUAACACAUCUCCUCUAAUAUUUCUGUUGUUUUGUUUUUGUUUACAUCGUAGUUCAAGUAAUGCGACCCUUGCAUUCGCUAGCACUCUAGAGCUUCAACGUUUCAAGAGCAGCUAGGAUUUCUGUUAUUUUUUGUUUUCCCAAUCCCUAGUGCAGAAUCAUGGCUGCACAAUGGCAGCUCCACCACCUCUUGCAAUGGCUUCAUCAAUUCAAUUUGGAUUCACCACAGCCUGAUGCUGCCAGUUUGAGUGACAGUGUUACUGUAGCAAAAGUGCUGAAUUUAAUUGAUCCUCCAUGGUUCAAUGCAGCUUGGCUUUCAAAAAUAAAGGAAAAUGUAGCUUCCAACAAAAUAUUAAAGGUUAGCAACUGGAAAAAAGUAUUGGAACGACUUGUUGACUAUUACGAAGUCCAUUUGGGCCAACGCUUAUCCGGCUUCACCAUGCCAGACGUCAGCAAGAUAGGCGAGAGCGAGGAUGAGGCGGAACUCUGCCGUUUGUUGCAACUCGUAUUGGGAUGUGCUGUUCACUGUGAGCGCCAGGAAGAGUUCAUCCAGGCAAUCCUCCAAAUGGAGGAAGACGUCCAACGCGGAAUCAUGGCUGCUAUUCAAGGACUACCUGGAAUCGAAGAGCUAGCUGGUGGUUCAUUGGUUCCUAAUGCAGAUUCGUUGGCCGUUAUGGCCGGACGAAGCCCCAGUCAAACAACAGGAAUGGGGUUCCACAAUUUGAUGGCACAACUCGAAGCAGCCAAUGAAGAAAAGAAGCUAUUGGCCAAAGAACGUCAGAAGCUCAACUUACAGAUAUCCACUUUGCAAGACGAGAUUCAACAUUUACAAGCUGAAGUCGAGUCAUUGCGAUCAGGUGGCGUCCCAUUAGAAAGCUUAGAUAGGUCUGAUGGGGGAAAUCCGUCGGCAUUAAUGCAGAAACGCGAGAUUGUACGCCUUACCGAGGAACUGAUGAGAUCCGAUUCUGCUCGGGAAGAAGUCCGCCUACGUUGCGAGGCUCUUGAACAAGACUUGGCGAGAUUGCGUAUGCGCCAAGAUGACCUGCAAAGUGCCGCCGAACAAACUCGAAGCCUUAAAGACGAAGUGGACAUCCUUCGCGAGCGGUCAGCUAGAUUGGAAAAUGCCCAGUCGACUAUUGACAGCAUGCGCCGCAAAGUGGAAGAAGGGAACGAGCUGAAACGUCAGUUGCGCAAACUGGAAGAGAAGAAUAGCCAAUACAUCCAACAAAACAUGGAAUUGGAAGAGGAAUUGAAAAAGCUGGGACCGUGGAAAUCCCAACUGGAAUUGCAGAAGAAACAGAUCGCCGAAGUUCAGGCUGCGCUGGACGACGAACGUCGGCGCGCAGAUAAGUUUGAACUGCAAUUCAAAAACGUUGUUGAGCGCAAUGAAGCUUUGACGUUAGAAAAAGAGCGUUUGGUCACUGAACGCGACAAGCUUAUCGAACUUAAUGAAGAAUUUAAGUUUGCGCAACUCAACAAUGGGGCCAUGAUGCCCCAAGAAGGUUCACCUUCAACAACUGGGGUCGACACGCUCGACAUGAUCCCGCCCGAAAUUAGAGAGAAACUGUUGAGACUGCAACAUGAAAACCGUUUGUUAAAGGAGAAGAAAGACGGCGGCCAGGACGAGGCGGAGGUUCUGCAAACGGUCAACGCGGGUCUGCUAGAACGCAUCGGUCGCCUAGAAGCCGAGAACAGGUGCACUUGUCGCGUCUCCCAGCAACGAAAAUCCUUAGUAGAAUGUCAGGUCAAACCCUUGGUGCCAUCAGGUAGCAUCGUGGCUAGUAUCAAGGCCAAGUUAGCAAGCAAACCUGUUUUCGCUGGCUCACUCAUGGCUAAGAACGCCGUCACCAAUAGUUCCCAAACGUUGCACGGAUCGUCGUCGUGCUCUCAGUUGAGCUCUUACAAUCGGCUGACCACGUCCGGCGCGCCAAACGAGUCCGCCCCUAUCGAAUCGAAAGUUACCGUUAGCCGCGUGGAGCGCCUUAAAGACGCCUUUUUGAAUAGCGACGGCUCCAGUUGCAAUCAAGUUGUCCCCCAGUUGAGUACGCCGUCUCGUGUAUUUUCCCGUUCAGUCAGUUACGGUUACGACAGAGCCCUAGGUUUCGGUAUUGCAGCGGCCACGAGUUCCCAGGAUAGAAAGUGGGGCAGUUCUGAAAGCGAGACCCGGCAAUUAGAAACGUCGCUACCGUUGAGCGGCGGCCUAGGCGACCGCAGCAGUCUCCUCCGUCUCGCCACCCUACCACAUCGAAGAGAAAGUGACCCAGCCUUAUCCAAAAUGGAAGUGAAUGGCUAUCAUCAAGCGCAGUCCCAUCAACCGCCACCGCCACCGGUGGAGGCCGUCGUCAUCACCAGAGACUCGUCGCCACGCGAUGAGACGGACUCGGGCUAUCGAGGCGGUGAUUCGAUUCAUUACGAAGAGUCCACCUCAUCGCCCCGCUAUUCGCCCAACAGUAGCCAUUUCGAUGAUGGAAUUAUGAUCGAUUUUAAUGCCUUACCUUACAAGAAGGACGUUGGCGGUAGUGGGGCGGGGUUGUUGCGUAGCCCGCCCGACGAUUCCAUCGAGAUCGACGUCUCGUUCCACGAUGGGAGAGCCUCGUUCGAUUGCGAGUCGGUCUCCUCUUUUUCAAUCAUCAGUGAGACGAUCGUCAGCUCCGAUCGUUCAUUUGAUAGAUCCCAAUCGCUUUUGCUGACUCCGCGCUCUUCUGCCCAUCGCAAUUCCGACGACACGAGUUCGAGGAAGAGUUUCGGAAAGUCGUUGAAAAAGCGCAAAAUGUUCAAAGCCGCUGCCAACGCUAUGUUUUCCCUUUGCGGCCCUUGAAAC